GGCCUCGAAAGCGAAACCCUAACGGACCCUAUUGGGAGCUACUGGGGAGCUGAACUGGGAGCGCUGGUGUGGACUGGCUGUUGAUCCUUCCCCGGGAGCCACAGAGGGAGCACUGGUCUGCACUGGUCCCGCCAUGGCGCUGCCACCCGCUGGUCUCCUGCCCGGUGUUCUGCUGGCGGCCGAUGCCCUGGCACUGGUGUUACUGGCGCCGCUGGUGCCGGUGCUGGCGCCGCUGGGCGUGACGGGCGUGUGGCUCGAGGCCGCCCUGCGCCUGCCCGUCCUGGCCGUGGCCACGUGGCUGCUGGCCCCUCGCCAUCCCUGUGGAGCCACCGCGGCCGCCAUCACCAUCGCCGCCACCCCCGCGGUCUUCGGAACAUUCCGGCAUUUCCUGGGGCCGUCUGGGGAUGGGCCGUGGCUGCUGGUGACCGCGGCACCCGCCUGGCUCGGGGUGACCCACGCUGCUGCCGCACUGGCCCUGCUGGCCUGGGCCGCGCCCCCGGCGCCCGGCGCCGUCCCUGAGACCCCCGGCGGUGUUCCCAAAGCUCCUGGCAGCGUCCGGCGCGCUCUGGCACUGACCUGGGAGGAGCGGAACGUCCUUGGAGCUGCUGUCCUCUGCCUCGUGCUGGCUGUCGUUGGGGAGAUGGCAGGACCGUAUGUCACCGGGAAAGUGCUGGAUGCCAUUGGGAGUGGGGAUGGAGUCACCGCUGGAGCUGUCGGGAUGGUGGCGGCUGCCGGAGCCACAAGUGUGCUGUUUUCCGGGUGCCGGGGGUCUCUCUUCCUGCUGUUGAUGGCACGUCUCCGUCAGAACCUGAGCCUCCGGCUCUUUUCCCACCUGGUUCACCAAGACCUGGACUUUUUCCAGGGAACGCCGGCAGCUGAGCUCUUGGCUCAGUUUUCCAUGGAAGUGCCACGGGUGUGCAAGUCAGCACCGACUGGAGCCAACCACCUGCUCCGAAGCCUGGUGAUGGCCCUGGUGGUGGGGGCAUUCAUGGUGGGGCUGGCACCGGGGCUGGCACUGCUGGCACUGCUGGAGGUGCCCCUUGGAAUUGCCACCCAUCGCAUCCAGAGCGCCCGAAAACAGGCACUUCAGCGAUCCAUGCUGGAAGCAUCCGCCCGGACAGCCUCGGGGGUGCAGGAAUCUGUUGCCGCCAUCGAGACAAUCCGAACCUUUUCGGCGGAGGAGGAGGAGGAGGAGCAGCACAGACAGAACCUGGCCAAGGAGCUGAGGCUGAAGGAGCAGAUGGAGCUGGAGCUGGCAUUCUUCACCCUUGUCCACAGGGUGAUCAAACUGGCCAUCCAGGUCGUGGUGCUCUUCCGGAGCCACCAGCAGCUCCGUGACGGAUACAUCACUCCUGGGAUCCUUGUCACCUUCCUGCUGUACCAGGAGAGAGUUGGUGGCCAUGUCCAGGUGCUGCUCUACGGCUUCAAUGAAUUCCUGACCAAUGCAGCUGCUGGACAGAAGAUCUGGGAAUACCUGGAUCGGCAACCUGCAGGGAAUGUCGGGGGGACACGGGAGCCCCCCGAGCUUCAGGGCCACGUCACUUUUCAGAAGGUCUCCUUCACAUAUCCUGGGAAUCCAGAGCACCCUGUGCUGAAGGAAGUAACCUUUGAGGUGCGUUCCGGGGAGGUGACAGCACUGGCAGGGCCCAAUGGAAGCGGGAAGAGCACGGCCGUAGCGCUGCUGGAGCGGCUGCGGGAUCCUGGGAGUGGGACAGUGCUGCUGGAUGGGAUCCCGCUGCCAGAAUAUGAACACCAGUACCUGCACCGGAAGGUGGUGCUGGUGGAGCAGGAUCCCGUCCUGUUUUCUGGAACGAUCCGUGAAAACAUCAUGCUGGGGCUGGAGCACUGCAAAGAGUCUGAGCUGCGGGCGGCCGCCACUGCUGCUGGAGCCAUGGACCUCAUCCAGGGGCUGGAGCAGGGCUGGGACACUGAGGUGGGGGAGCGUGGGGGGCGGCUGGCGGCAGGGGAGCGGCGCCGCGUGGCCCUGGCCCGGGCUCUGCUCCGGCGUCCAGCCGUCCUCAUCCUCGACGAGGCACUGGAUGACGAAGACGACGGAGCGGCACAGCGCUGGGUGUGCACUGGGCUGGCCCAGACCGUGCUGGUUGUGUCCCACCGGCCGCGGGUGCUGGACGCGGCCGAUCGCCUCGUGGUGCUGGAGCGUGGAGCCGUGAUGGAGACAGGAACACCAGCGGAGCUGCGGGAACACUGCGGGGCCUACAGCCGCCUGCUCCUUGAAGGAGGCAGCACUGGGCAGCCCGAGGCCCCCAGGAUGGGCAGCGAGAAGGGGGCUGCAUCUGUCAGGGAAUAAAGGGGAAUUAGCCCCUGUGUCCCCAUUCCCGGUGUUUGUGUCCCCAACCAGCACCUGGUGUCCGCAGUCACAGUGUCCUGUGAAUUCCUUCUCCCCACAUCCUCUGGAUCCCAACUCCCUGUGUCGCCUUGGUCCCUGUGUCCCCCAUGUCCCCACCGUGUCCCCCAGGUCCGCCCAUUUCCUGGAUGUCUGUGUCCCCUGUAUCCAAGCCCCGCCAUGUCCCCAUGAUCCCUGGUCCCCAUGUCUGCUCCUGGACAUGGGACACAGAGUGGGAAAUAAAUCCCAUGGAAUGGAUCUGGGCAUGGGCAUCAUAUCCUCAUCCCACUCCUGCUAUGCUCACUCCAAGCUCCUGGUGUCCCCAGUCCUUUACCAGUGUCCCCCUCCUUAUCCUCAGUGUCUUCAUCCCCAUUCCAAUGUCCCCUUUUGCAUUCCUGGUUCCCUGAGAGGAAGUGCUGGGCACUGGAGGAGGGAACUGUGAUUUAUUGCCCAAACCAGGGUAUUUUCAC